AUGAUGACAACAACAAAUGGAAAAAGAACAGCAUAUGAGUUAUUAUCAAAGAAAAAAACUAGCAAUGGUACAGAACAACAGUAUUGUUCAUCGGAAAUUGAAAUUAUGGAACCUGAUACAUACGGUGGUUUACUUAAAUCAACACCUUUAACUCAAACAUUAGUUCUUCCAAAUGAUUCACUUACACAACCUCCAUCAAUUUCAUCAUCGAAUACAAAUACGUAUGAUAUACGUUCAUCAUCAUCUCGUCGUCAUUAUUAUAAAAAACGUCAUGAAAAUGUUUCAUCAAUGGAUGAUCAUGAUGAACGUAUUGAAGUUAAAAUUCUUCCACAAGAUGAUAAUUGGGGUGAAACAACAACAAUAACAUGUAAUGGUGGUAAUGAUGAUAUUUUAACAACGAAUAAUGAUACAACUAUACAAAUAAAUGAUCCUAUACAAUAUAUAUCAAAUAAAAUUAAUCAUCGAACACGUUCAGUUUUAAUCUGCCAUUUUAUUAUUUAUUUUCUUUGUCUCAUUGCUUUUAUAUCACCUAUAUUAUUUCUUUCAUUACCAUAUACAUUGAAUAGAUAUGAUAUAAUAUCUAUUAAUGAUUAUACAUUAUUAUUAACAAUUAUUUUUAAAUUAUUAUUUUUAUUUCUUGGAACAUUAUUAUUCUUUCAUCGACGACGAAAUACAAUUUAUUUACCACGUAUUCACUUACAAAAAUUACUUUUUAUGAUUAUGUUAACAAUAAUUAUUUUUACUUAUUGGUUAUACUAUUUAUUCAAAUUAUUACCAUUAUAUGUGGAAAAAUAUAAUCAAAUUUUAUCAAUGACAUCAACAUAUGAAGAUUUACUUUUAUUUUUAUUAAUAUUAAUGAUUAUUAUUUUAGAAAUUAAAUGGUUAUAUCCGAAAUGGAUUGUUAAAAUUGUACGAUCACCAGAUGGACAAACAAGACAAUAUACUAUUGGUUCAAUGUCCAUACAAGAAGCAAGUAUUUAUUUACUUGAACAAUAUUAUAAAGAUUUUCCUGUAUUUAAUCCAUGGCUGGAAAAUGCACAUCAAACACAAGCAAAACAGCAUGGAGCAUUUUCAGUGAAAUCUAAUGGAUCACAAUCCAAUACAUCGACACUUAUCGGUGGUACAAAUGGAAAUAAAGAUCUCGCACAAGCUAUACGAGGAUAUAAUGAUCGAUUCUAUGCAGAACUUGAUUAUGAACGUCGUGUACGAAAACGUCGUUCAAAAUUAAUAAGUUCAUGUGAUGAAGCAUUUACACAUGUUCGAAAAUGUUUCGAAGAAAAAUAUAGUUCAAAUAUAUCUAUGGAUGCCCGAGAAGCAGCUCAAGCUGUAUUUUCUUCUAUGUCACGUUCACUUCAGAAAUAUCUUCGAAUAACACGUCAACAACCAUAUUUUACUCGAGAAACAAUUAUUUCUCAUUUAUCAACAUGUUUAUCACAUGAUUUAUCUCCUCGAACAUUUCUACAACGUUACAUACAAACGGAAUCUCAACCAUUAGCAACAUUACUUUUUCCAACAUUAUCUAAUGAUAAUAUUGAACAAUCUUGGACAAUUAUAUGUGAUUCACAAUCACAUAUUAAUGAUAAUGAAGAUAAAAAAUUAAUAUCAAUUAAUCAAUCUAUAUAUAAAAAUUUAAUAUUUGUACUUAAACAACAAAAUGCGGAACAUAUUGCAUUAAUAUGUACAUUUCAUGAAAUACCACGAAUACAUUUAAUAGAGAAAUUUUUCGAUAUUAAAUAUAAUAAAUUUGUUUUAAAACUUAAUUCAGAAACAUCAGUUUAA